UCGGCACUAUCUUCUACUUUUAGGAAUGCCGCCUUGAUCCAAGGGACUAGAGCAAACCUGACCUUCCCAGGAUCGACCUUGAUAGCGUCCCAUUCCCCAGCCUUUUUAUGACCCUUGAGGGUUGAGCGCUCCCUGGUCAACGACAGCUACAGGAUAAGGGAUUCCCGGUGAAUGGUCCGCGUGGCACUCCGUCGGAGUGGACGCCUGGUUGCCACUAUCCUACUGAUAUACGUGCGAGACUCCACCGUGGCACUGUGUGGCACUAGCAGUACACCAGGGUGAACCUAGGGUGCCACUUCCUACUGGUAUACGUACAAGACUCCACUGUGACACUGUGUGGCACUGACGGUACACCAGGGUGAACCUCAGGGCGCCACUAUUCUACUGGUAUACGUACGAGACGACCGUGGCACUGUGUGGCACUGGCAGUACACCAGGGUGAACCCAGGGUGCCAGUCUGCUACUGCUAUACAUACAAGACUUCACUGUGGCACUGCUGCAUUUGGUGUACCUCAGAAAGGACCCUGCAUGCACAAAUGAAGGCAUCAUGUACACAGGUACACCUGAAGAAAGCAAUAUAGUGCAGUUAUACAUAAAGACAAUAUUAUCUGGUGUGGUAAACGUUAAUUAUAAAUUACAUCGCUUAGCAAGCAUACCUUAAAGAUAUAGUGUAGCAAUAAUUGUAUACCUUCAAAAAGACACCGUAUAGAAAGGGUAUAGUCUAAAAGUAUACCACAAAGACACUUCGUUGAAUGAACAAAUCUUAAAAAAGUAUUGUGAAGCACGGAUAUUCCUUAAAGGUACUGUGUAAUACGUACACCUUAAAGACUGUGUAGCCUGGGUAUACUUUAAAAGACUGUGUAGAAUGAAGCUGUGUCAAGUUCGCUGUGGCAAGGGGGUAUACCCCAGGUAAACUAUUACCAACAAUGAUCUCAUGAUAAGUGCUUGAAUACCGAGUGCCGGGCAAUAUACAUGAUAUUCACGGUGAUUCGUGCACACAACAGCAUAUAUCCUGAAACAGUGUGUGACAUACACACACAAGGUGUCAGCGAAGUUAUCGUCGUCGUUUUCAACUUCAAGAAACACCAUGAGCCAAAGAGUGUCACUGUUGCGCCUGACGGUGGUUCUAGCACUGAUGGUCACUAUAGCAGUGGUAUCUGCUGUCUCUCACGAUUGCAUUAGACAAUAUCAAGUCAGCUACGGUUGUCCGACUUACUCCCUCACUUCUCCACAUUCUGGCAGGUGUCUCCUCUUCUCCCAGAGUUCUCCAGAGUUGUUCUUCUACCUCAGGCCUGGCCAGGGCUUCAAGUCCUUACAAGUGAAAGUCAUAGCAUACCUGGGAAACACUGGUGAAAUCACUGUAGACAAUAGAGAGCUAAACCAACCAGACAAGUGGUACAAUAUACGCAUGACGAGCAAGACCUCAGCUUUGUUGCAAACUUCGUAUCACCUCCAUGUUGACAGGCAACCAAGGAAAACAUUAAUUGCAACCCUCAAUAAAGGUCGUACUUUUGAGGUCUACGUCAGUGGCUCACUAUCCUAUGCAAAUAACUGCGACCCCACUGAUUUCCCUCCCCCUACAACACCCCCACCCCCACCAAUACUACCACUACUACCACCACCACCACCAAUACUACCACUACUACCACCACCGCCACUAACACAGCCAUCACACGUUGAAACUAAAGGAGAUCCAGUUACCUCUCACCAAACUUCUGUAGUUAUACCUCCAACGGCAUCAAUAACCACAGAAAACGUACAGGUUCCUAAAGAACACUCCACGAUGGUGUACUUCACAAAACCUGAGAGCGCCACUAAUUACUGGUCUACCUCCCCCAUCUUUGGGUUAUCCUGGCACACAGUGAUCAUCGUCGCUGCUUUAACUGUAGCCAUUAUGGUCUUCAUCGUCAUCACCACAAUUGUACUGAUGGUAAGGAGGAGGAAGGUGAAAGAGAAGGAAGACCAGAAUCAUCUACACGAGGAAACUGUACCAGGAACUAUGGUCGUCGGAGGCUUCCCCAACAUCGAAAACGACUACUACAAAACCGACUACGACAACGACGACCCCGACAACCACAUCUACGAGGAGGUGGACAACCUGGGCCCCGUGGCAAGGGUGGUUCUGAGAGGUUCACUGGGUGUUGUGGGCGUGGGUGAUAGCGAAGGCGGUGGGUGGAAAGCAGAGAGAGGCUCCGCCCACGAUAGCGAGAACAGUAUCUACGUCAGAUUCACCUGAAUAUUAGGACACUUUUGACAGGGUACUGUACCAUCUGUUGGCAAAUACCCAGUGUUGGCAGGGUACUGUAUCAUCUCUUAACUAAUACACAAAAAAACAUACACUAAACCUAAUUUAUAUUAUUUAAUAAAUAAAGCGUACAUAUUUUAUUUAUACUAAAAGAUGGUCAUUAUACCCUUUUAUCUAUCAGAAAUAUUUUAUAAAUCAUUAAGAUCAUACACCGAGAGGUGUAUAUACCAGGGUAUAUACACACAGAGGUGUAUAUACUAGGGUAUAUACACACAGAGGUGUAUAUACUAGGGUAUAUACACACAGAGGUGUAUAUAUAGGGUUAUAUACAUAGAGGUGUAUAUAUAGGGUUAUAUACAUAGAGGUGUAUAUAUAGGGUUAUAUACACAGAGGUGUAUAUAUAGGGUUAUAUACACCAAGAGGUAUAUAUCCAGGGUUAUAUACACCUAGAGGUGUGUAUACAGGGUAUAUAUACAGAAAAGUGUAUAUAUUUUGCAUGAAGAUACACUGAGAAACUUGAGCAUUUUCAGGAUUCAAGUAGUCUUGAUGAUAGUAAGGGGAGUGCAGCCUUAAUGACUCUCGUGUAGUCGAUAGGUUUGAAACCCAACAAUUAACUGUACAUAACCGAAAU